AUGUCGGCAGUUGAUGAAGCAAACCACAAAAAGCGGAAGUUACCAGAGGUAUCCGAGAUCGAGAUCGACGUCUCUGCUCCUGAACCCCCAUCGAAAAAAGCGUUGCGUAAAGCAAAGAAGAAAUCUGCCGAGGCUCCACCAGAGACUACUACUAGCGAACAGAAGACGGAAGUCGCUGCAGACCAUGAAGAAAAUUCCAAGAAACGCUCAGACUACGGCAUUUGGAUUGGAAACCUAGCGUUUUCUGUUGGUAAAGAUGACCUACGCAAAUUCUUUACAAGCAACUGUUCUUUCACGGAAACUACGAUCACUAGAAUACAUUUACCGAAGCCAUCGGAAAAGAAUGGUAGAGCACAAAAUAAAGGAUUCGCAUAUGUUGAUUUCUCCAACCAGAAGGCCACGACUGAGGCAUUGGGGCUGAGUGAACAACUCCUAUCUGGGCGCCGUGUGCUUAUAAAGGAUGCAAAGAAUUUUGUCGGUAGACCAGAAAAGUCUCAACAGGAAAAUCAGAAGGCUGGCGCUGCUGGGUCGGCCUCUGGUAACCCUCCCUCCAAGCGUAUAUUCGUCGGCAACCUUAGCUUUGACGCCACAAAAGAGAUCAUCGAGGAGCACUUUGGAAAAUGUGGGACGGUUGCACAUGUACAAGUAGCGACUUUUCAAGACUCCGGAAAAUGCAAAGGCUAUGCCUGGGUGACAUUCGAAGACCUCACAGCCGCAGAAGCAGCGGUGAGAGGCUUUGUUAUGGUUAACGAAGACGAUGAAGAUGAAGAAUUACAUGGGUCUGACUCCGAAAAUAACAAGAAGCCGAAGAAGCCGAAGCAAAGAAGGGUAUGGGUAAACCAGAUUUUGGGUCGACGUAUGCGGAUGGAGUUUGCAGAAGACGCAACAACACGGUACAAGAAACGUUUUGGUAAGGACGGCGAAGGCAAGAAAAAUCAAACUACAGAUAUUAGUGAGACAGGGCCCUUUGAGGACCAGGAUGCAACCGGAAGACCACCUCAACGAUCGCGAUCCGCAAGGACUACGCAGGAAAAGACGGAUUACUCAAGAUACGACAAGGAAACCGUGCAAAAGCUUAGUGGUGCCAUUGUUGAGUCUCAGGGAAAGAAGACUACGUUCGAUUGA